GUCGUCGUCUCCUUCUUCUCUCGCUCGCACACUUAUGCUCUCCUCUCUUCUUCCUCAAUCAUCUCCACCAUUUUCCUUCCUUUAAACCUCCCUUCAGCUAUUAUCUUCCUCAAUCUCGAUUCUUAUCCGUCGUCUUCGUCUAAGUCUUAGCUAGAAAUAUCUCUAGGGUUACCGAUAAAAACCCUAGUUUUUCUUCUCUUUGGGGGAUCUUAAAGUAGGUUUCUUUUCUAAUGGAGAACGAGACUCGUGGCGGGUCUCUUCAGAACUCUUCCUCCUCUAGGAAAGAGUGGCGCGCCGUUUCCGAUUCUCACAACUUCGGUAACGCCACUGAUUACGUGAAUGGGAGAGAGGGUGGUGGUGGUGGUGAUUUGGCUUACUACUCAAUCACGAUGGAUGGUUCUGGCUCAGAUGGUGAGCUCUUGGAGCAGAUUCGUACCCUUUCGAGACAACAAGGGGAGUUACAGCAGCAGGAGGUUGAGCUAAGAGCUCGGGUCUUGGCUAUGGAGAUCCAGAGGAGCUUUGAGUCUCGUUCUGUUGAGUAUGAGAAUGCUGCUGCUAGGAUGCAGGAGCAACUUCGGGAGAAUGAUAGGUCUAUUCGGGAGAUGGAGAGGAAGUUAGAAGAGAAAGAAAGGGAGCUUCAUGCUGUUAAGCUUGAUAACGAAGCUGCCUGGGAGAAAGAGGGUUUACUUAGAGAACAAAACAAAGAGCUUGCUUCUCUCAGAAGGGAGCGUGAUCACUCUGAAGCUGAGAUGUCCCAAAGCUUACACAAAAUGUCUGAACUUCAGGAGCAUUUCCAAGAGAAGGAGAGACAGUUCGCUGAAUUGCAGGAACAGAAUAGGAUUGCUCAAGAAACAAUCAUGUACAAGGAUGAGCAGCUAAGAGAAGCGCAAGGGUGGAUUGCGCGUGCUCAAGAGAUGGAUGCUUUACAGUCAUCUACAAAUCACUCCUUGCAGGCUGAGUUGCGAGAACGUACUGAGCAGUAUAACCAGCUCUGGCUUGGUUGCCAAAGACAGUUUGCGGAGAUGGAGAGAUUGCAUUUGCAUACAGUGCAACAGCUUCAGCAUGAGCUUGCUAAUGUAAAAGAAGGAGGUGUCUCUAAAACAAACCUUAACGGCGCCUCCCAGAUUAUCCAGAACAGUGGGAACCAAAUCAAGAACAUUCAAGGGGGUCAGGUGACCCCUCUGCAAGCGUUUGCCAUGCAUCAACAGGAGAUUCUUCAGGCUCGAGUACCUUCACCUCAUGUUCCAGAAUCAGUGUUACUGCAGCAAAAGGCUGUACCAGCUAGUUCAGAGAUGCCUAGGCAGAAUUAUGUGCAUCCAUCUCAAGCUGUUCAUGGCUUGGUUAGUUCUGAAGCGAAGAGUGCCAAUGGACAGUCCCUUGAUCAAGGGUAUCUGGAUGUUCAAACCAGCAAUGGAGCACAAUUUGGAUCAACCACACCAUCAUCCUCUGUGAAUGAACAGGUAGUGGAAUCUGGCAAUGGAUCUAAUACAUCGGAGAAUAACUUUCAAGACAUUUCUUCACAGUUCCGUGAUGCGCUAAGGCUAGAUUCCAGUGCCCUAAAUCAGAAACCUGAGGAGGCCAAUGGUCAGGUUUCUCCUGGUGAACCAAAUGGUAUUGGAUCCGUUGCGCGUGAAACUCUGGUCUCAUCUGGUAAAACUGAGAGGAACUUGGAGAGUGCUCUUCUUGAUGAGAGGUCGCUUUUGGCUUGCAUCGUUCGCACUAUACCAGCUGGUGGAAGAAUCAGAAUCAGUUCAACGCUUCCAAACCGUUUGGGCAAAAUGCUAGCUCCUCUGCACUGGAGUGAUUACAGGAAGAAGUAUGGGAAGCUGGAAGAUUUUGUUGCUAGCCACCUCGAGUUAUUUGUCAUAGAGGACGACUACAUUCAAGUGAGGGAAGGUGCACAGAAAAUGGUAGCUGGUUCAGCUUCAGCAGCAGCAAGCAAAGUGGCAGUUUCAUCAUCUCCAAGCUCAAUGUAUGUGGCCAUGACUCCUAUGGCUCAAUCUCAGGGAUUAAAGAAGAAUGCCCAGACAGUCCAGAGAGGAAGGCAGAGCUCUGAUUAUAUGGCGCCACCGCAACAAAGGAAGCUCUGAAUGUGACUUGAAGUCGAGCAUUUCAACGUGAAUGCAUGUAAGAGCAAGGCGUGACAUUCAUUCUCCUAUCUUAUUUUUAUCUAUUUUGUUUAAUUGGUGUAUGAAGUCUCACCAAUCCUGGAUGCUAAAGUAUACAUUUGAUUUUGGAUUUUAUUAGUAUCCGUAUUCUCAAAAAUCGAUUGUGUUAUGGAAAUUCUGAAAAAAAUCUCAAAGCACAAGUC